AGAUGGAAAGCAAAGUCAAAAUUCACUGUGAUAUGAGUCCUUCCUUUGCUACUGUAUAUAAAAGAACGAAGCUGGCACAAGAAAUGUUUGAUCUUGGUAAAAAACUGUACGAGAAAUGCGAAAGUCUUGUAUUUGAGCAGCACAUGCAACAACAAGGCUGGAGAGCGAUAAUCGCCAACUUGGAUGACAUUGAGCAAGACUUUUGUAAGAGAGGAAAAAGUUUCGAUAAAGCUUUCGAAGCUUAUAUGUCGCAUCGUGAAUCUCACCACAGUUUUCUCAUAUUAUUUCAAGAUGACUUGAAAACCCUCAAAAGAAUUCCUCUUCUGCCUACUUUGCUCCACAAACGCAAAUCCAAUGAGGUCGAGGAUACAUCUGAUGACUGUGAUCUUACAAAACAAAUGACUCUUUACGAGUGGAUUGAAAGGGUUGAUGAUCAAAAGUCCAUCAGCAAAAUGUUUGAGCUUUGUUCCAACUCUCUGAACGAGUUUGACGAUCGUUUUGUCUCAGAAUUGUCUGCGGAAAUUAAGGACGCUCUCAAAGCUUCCCAAAAUUUAUCCGUGAAGGAAGUUAGUGGUAUGAGCGAAAGACUUUCAGGUUUGGAUUCGUUAUUGAGAGAUUGUAUGGUAUUUGUAUCCCAUCAAAAUGGUCAUGCUCAAGCUUUCAAGAAACACGAGGCCACUGUGAGGUCCUCAAAAGAUCAAUCGGUUCUUCCCGAUCUGUGCAAGGCCCACGAAAAUCAAUUGAUAUUGAUGACUGAAAACCAUAAGUGUAUCUGUGAUAUUCUUCGACGCUGUGUCAAUGCCAAGAACGAGCUGAUAGCGAAUUUACAUGCAAGAUUGAGAUGGGUUGCAUAUGUCCAGAACCGUAUUUGUGAAAUGGACCAUAAGAUUGUGGUGAAUCUAACAAAUUUGAAACGCGUUCAGAAAUAUUUGGAAAUUCUACACCAGAUCCAUGUCGCCCCUAGCACUUACCUGAAUGCCAUCAUCGAAGUGGUCAGACGCCGCAAGUACUCUGCAUCUCUAAAGACAUGGGGCGAAGAACUGUCGAACAACUUUUUGGCUUUACACACGAAGGAACUCGAGAGAAGGAAACAAUUCGACAUGGAGUUCAAAGGUCACUUUUUAAAAACUCUCUUUCCCGGCAUGAACGACAUCCCUCCAGAGUUCGCGACUCGCCCUCCUCCACCCUUUGACGAAGAAAUGCCGGACAUCACUGAAGAAGACAUUAUUUUUCUGAAGGGAGCUUUGCCCGAUAUGACAGAAAACAUAAAAAUUCCCGAGUCGUUCCGCCUAGUCGACUUGUUGGGGAGCAAAGGGGAAGAGUUGAGAUUUGAACUAACAAGGGUCCCAGAAGAGAAUCUGGAAGAGAGACUCGGUGCUACCGAAUCAGAUUGCGAUAGCCUUGGCGACGAAUCUAAGCCUCUAGAGGAAGAACUGAGAGAUAUUGUUCAGGAAGUGGAAUCUGACAGCGAUUCAGAUGAUAUGAUCUCUAAACUUGAGCCCAUUUACAGGAAAUUAGAAGAGAUACAGGCGAAAAUUUGCGAAGUUGACUUAUCUGAACCUUCAGGAGUAGAGGUUGCUUUCCAGGAAGAAGAGGUAGGGGCAAGAGUUUGCGAAGAAGUUGAGUUGGUUGGCGCAUCAAAUCAAGUUGAUGAACGGCAGUCAUCCGAUGAGGAAUCUAACGAAAUCCCUGAGCUUGAGUACAUUCCUAAGAAAUCAGAAGAUAUAGGGGCAAGAGUUUGCGAAGAAGUUGAGUUAGUUGGCGCAUCAAAUCAAGUUGAGGAACACCAAUCAUCCGAUGAGGAAUCUGAUGAUAUCCCCGAACUCGAGUACAUUCCUAAGAGAUCAGAAGAGAUAGUGGCAAGAGUUUGCAAAGUUGAAUUUGUUGACUUAUCAAAUCAAGUUGAUGAACAGCAGUCAUCCGAUGAGGAGUCUGAUGAAAGGAUCCCUGAACUUGAGCCCUUUUGUAGGAAAUCAAAAGAUAUGGUCCCUGAACUUGUUGAUAUUGGUGGUAAAUCAGAAGAGGUGGCUCCGGAACUGGAGGACAUCGAUGUUGAAUCAGAACAGAUGGUCCCCAGAAUUGAGGCAAUUGCAAAUUUUGCCAAUUGGAAGCCUUGCUCGACCCAAGGAGGUGGUUUUGAUAGGGAAUGCGAUUCAGACUCUGGUUCAGAAGGUUUCGAGAGAAUCGGCAACUUGAGCCCCGAUUUAGAAACGCGCCAAGAAGAACCCACCAUAGCAACGUCUGAGGAGAACAUCGAGGUGUACAAAAUUGAAAUCGUUAAGUUGAAAUCGCAUUUGAUGAAACUAUACAAGCUGGCAAAAGAACAAACCUCUCAACUCAAAAAUGAGGUAAGCGAGCUCAGGUCCACCGUUCUCUCGAGCAAAGAAGUCAUAAGUCAACAGUGCAAAGGUAUGGACAGCUCAUGGGUAAACGUCAUCGUGGAAAAGGAUAUUAAAGAUAAAGAAAUUCUGGAAAUGACGCAGAAAAUCGCGGAGGACGCCACGUGCAACUUGAGACGUCAGGAAGAGGAGAAAAAAAAGGAAAUUAAAGAGCUGGUACAGAAAAAAAAACUCCUGGAGAAGGAGUGCUGGUUCUUGAAGAAGGAUUUGAAAGAUAUGAAAAAAUCCAACAGAAUAUUGUGCGACCAGAAUGAAGAGACCAUCGAACGUCUCAGACAAAACAUAGAGCAGAUGGAGCUGGAUAAUGAAAAGGAAAUUAAAGAGCUUACGGAGAAGCUGAACAGGGACCACAAAGCGGAAAUCGAAGCCAUCAAGCAGCGUUUGAAGUUGUUGACUAUGGAGCGAAGCAGGUCGGAUAAUUCUCUGGAGAAGUCCGGAGAUUGCGCCUCACUACCUAAUCAUCUGCUCCUACAAAUAACGGAAAACUUCGAAUUAGACAAGGAGAAGUCCGUUAACGAGGCUUUGAAGACGGAACGCGAGAAGUGGGAGAAGUUGUUGGAGAAGCGUGUGCACGAAAUGGAAGUCAAGUUCGAAGAGGAGAAGCAGGCAUUGUUGGACAAGAUGUCCGAAGAGCGCGAAAAAUUACCGGUCGCGGUUGAGAAUAACGAGAGGGAGCUGAAAGAGGAAAUCGAUGCUCUACAGGAGGAGAGAGAUAUAUUGAUGACACAAUUAAAGAGUUACGAGGAGUACGUCAAUGUAGUUGACAAUGAAGGGCGGGAGAGUAGACAAGUCAAACCCUCUGCUGCCUCCUCGUCGUCCAAGGACGUGUCGCAGAGCCUCUAUGAACCGAAACCCGCUGAAGUUGAAACUUCUCGCAUGACACAGAGUCAGUCUGUCGUCUCCAAAAUUUCAGAAGAUGCAUCUGGUCCCUCGUCUAUUCCUUCCUCUCCCACUAGGACGUAUCCGAUCAUUCCGGAAAGGGACGAACCGGACACCACUACCUCCGCACCUGAAACCGUCGAAGGGGCCAAAAAUCGGGGGGAGAAAUCCGUGAAAAACGCCUUCGCCGAAGACAGCGGGAUUGUCGAUAAUCCAGAGCAGGUUAUGGCAGCUUUAGACGAGACGCUUACCUCGGAAGUUGGGAAUCAGAGUGAGAAUAGUGAUCGCUUGGAGCAAAUAACAAUGUUUGGAAGACUGUCAAGAAGAUUGGGGCCAAGUAUUCCACUGCCCCUGCCUCCACGUUCUGCUAUUAUCAGUAGAAUCUGGAACGUUAUUUCUCUUGGAACUACUGACCUCCCUAUAUCGUUUUGAUACGUUUAGUUCUCGCAGAACUCGGUUAGAUUUUCGAGCCACAUUCCAAAAUUAGUCCUGUAUCUGUUUUUUUAUUGUUACUAAGUUACGGAAAUAAGAUGAUAACCGCCCAGGAUUAAUUUUUCAUUAAUUGUUUGAGUAAUGUUUUGAGCAUGUCAAUUUUUUGCAGGGUAAUUAAUUUAA